AACUGAUCCCACCGAACCUCCAUCACCCAGCCCACGACAGAGACCUUGUCCCGUCGCAACCUCUUCCUCCCGGAGUCUCAAGUCGCGCGGCCUUCGGCUCCAAGCAGACAGGUCCUCCGUGCUGUGCUCGUCCCACAGGCUGGAGUUCAAUACCUGUUUCGCUGCCAUCCGACAGUCUCCGCAUUUGUACGCUGCCACGCGUCCAGAGCCAUCUUUCCAAUUGUCACCACUCAGAGCUCCUAGGGACGGUGUUUAGUCGUGUUCGUUGACUUCACCGUCAAUACUGGAAUGAAAUCUUUGGUGCGCAGCCCAAAUCGAACAAUUCAUUCCUCCCAGUACUCUCCACUUCGCAUGCAGAGCCGGAAUCAUGAGGUUCCUUGCGUGGCGCUUUGGCCGACAGGAGUCUGUCCAUGAUUAUGCUGGUGUGCUGGUGCCUCUGGAAGAGGCCCAUCUUCACAGCCAUUCUGCUCGGUCAGGCAAGUCUGAGUUCGAGGAGCCGCCAAACGAGUACGACCCGGCUGCAGUGGAAGACGGCUCUCACGACGCAGUGGACAAGGAUGACGAAGACGAAGGUACUGGCAUGCUACAGAUGAGUGCUGCCGAGUACACAAUCGAGGGGCUUCGGAGAGAAAUCCGCAGGGGUGGCGAGCGUGGUCAUCAGUGGACCAGCUAUGAGCUCAAGUCCAAGCUCAUCAACAAGGCCAUCCAGGAUAUCGGAAUGGGCCGAUAUAACUGGCAACUAUUCAUUCUGUGCGGGUUUGGCUGGUUUGCAGACAAUCUGUGGAUGCAAGGCGUUUCCUUGACACUCCCUUCGCUGUCGCAAGAAUUUGACAUUUCCGAAAAGACGGUUCGGUAUACAACCAGCUCAUUGUUUGCAGGUUUAUGCUUGGGUAGCUUCUUCUGGGGCAUGGGAGCGGACAUUAUCGGCAGGCGUAUCGCGUUCAACGCAACGCUCCUCAUCACAGGCAUUUUCGGCAUUUGGGUAGGCUACGCCUCCAGCUGGGGUGGCGUCUGCUUUCUGUACGCAUGCAUGGGCACUGGCGUCGGCGGCAACUUGCCUGUAGACGGGGCUGUGUUUCUGGAAUUUCUUCCCGAAGCCUCAAGUUCAUUGCUGACGCUAUUGUCCGUCUGGUGGCCCGUGGGUCAGUUGUGCUCGUCUUUCCUGGCGUGGUACUACAUCACGCAUUAUGCCGUCGAGACGGGCUGGCGGUAUUUCGUCAUUUCCAUCGGUGUCAUCACUGUGGUUAUGUUCGUCCUCCGCUUCUUCCUCUUUCACCUUUUUGAAAGUCCCAAGUUCCUCCUCAGCAAAGGACGGCAAGCAGAAGCCGUUGCGGUGGUUCACGGGAUAGCUUACCGCAAUGGCAAGAAAACAUGGCUGACAGAGGAAAUCCUUGAUGCCGUGGUGGACGGGGAUCGACGGGCUCACGAACCCGUGCCUCAGGUCUCCAUCGUCAGCAUCAUCAGGAAGAACCUGACCUCCAUGUCUCUGAGCCACAUCCGGCCACUCUUUGCCAACCCGCUCCUCGCCCGCACCACAGUCCUCAUCUGGUUCUGCUGGGCAUCCAUCGGCAUGGGCUAUCCACUUUUCAACGCCUUCCUGCCUCAGUACUUGUCCCAUGGCGGCACGGACAGCGCUCCCACCGUCGCCGACGAAGGCACCCCGACCUCCCCGGAAGCAUACCGAAACUACUUCAUCAUGUCCGCCGUCGGCGUCCCGGGGAGCCUACUAGCCGCGUACUCGGUUGACCAGCCCUCGCCUUACCUGGGGCGCAAGGGCACCCUGGCCAUCUCGACGCUCGUCUCGGCCCUCUUCCUCUUCCUGUUUGUCAUGUUCGGCACGACCUCGUCCCUGCAGCUCUUCUUCACCUGCGUCGAGGCCUUCUGCCAGAACAUCAUGUACGGCGUGCUAUACGCCUUCACGCCCGAGAUCUUCCCGGCCCCCGUCCGCGGCGCGGGCACCGGCGUCGCAAGCUUCCUCAACCGUGUCACGGGGCUCAUCGCUCCCAUCCUCGCUGCUAAUGUCCCUGGCGACGGGACUACGAUGCCUAUAUAUCUGUCCGCGAUUCUGAUCUUGUCGGCCUUUGUCGGGAUGGUGUUGAUCCCGAUUGAGACCAGAGGUCGUCAGAGACUGUAGUAGUAC